UUGAAUUUGGUUGCGCCCGUGUGAACACAACGUAUCGGAUUGGAAAUGUGCCAGUAGCGCCUGGGCCGUCGCCGGUAACGUUGCUAUUUACGUCGUCCAUUCAGCUGGCUCGACGAGAUUAGACGCGCAUGUGGCGACAUCGGACGACGAGACGCUUCGAGAUAUAGCGACUCGCGAUCAUGCAAGUGGAGAGCAAUAUUAGCUUCCUCCAGCGCACGAGGAAGCGAGGGCGAGAAUUUGCCGCCUAAUUGUUGCGAUUGGUCUCCGCAGACACAUCGAAGCAGAGCAGAGAGAGGAAAAGGGGCGAUUCAGACUCGAGCUUCUACACUGUCUUCGAUCCCUCGCUGGAGCUCUGACGUCGCUCUAUCAUACCUCGAUUAUCAUCGCCAUCUGCUCAAAAUGUCUGCAAAAUGGAUUCUCAUAGCGACGGUGGCCUUGUUCCUGGCAGUGCCUCAGGUUCAUGGCCAGACGGCUCCAGCUCCUGGCCCAGCGCUCACUCGAGUCAAUACGACUUUCACCGAGAGCGACUUCUAUCGCACGAAGUGCUUCCCGAUGGGGAACAAGAGGGCAUCUCAGCUCGGCAUGAUCGUGGCUGGAAUCGGUGAGCCCUACUUCAAGGACGGCGCAGCGUGCGGAAGUGUAAUCAACGUCAAGUGUGUUGCGGACGCCGAACACCCCUGGGAUACCCGUACCUGUACAGGUGGAUCCGUGAACGUGACCAUUGUGGACAAAUGCGAGCACAACCCGCCCUGCCUCAACCUCCACUUGAAUGCUUUCCAGGUCAUCGGUACUCGCAACAUUUCGGGCUUCAUCAUCGCAGAUUUUUAUGAGGUCUCGGCAGGAACAGGGGUGGUGUGGACCCCACAGCAGUAGGAUGUUCAGGAAAGAUGGCAUCGUCAAAUCGUCAGGCGAUCGACUGGUUGUUUACAAUUGACUUGUUGUAGUCGACCUGGACACCCCUGAGUUGUAUUAUACACGCGUAAGUCAGCAAGAGGUGGCUUUAGGAGGUCUCUUCCGAUCAAUAUCAGGAAGCAGUCUACUCUGCUAGACUACGCACCUUUUCAGAAGUGCUUCGCACGUCAAAUUGCGCUGAAUGAAGAAUUAGAAACAGCACGUCCUUGCGCAGUAUGCAAAGUAGGAAAUCUCAAUAUGAAGGGAUUGAAUUGAAUCUCUUGGUACAAAUUGUUCCAUGUAUGUUGUUAUAUCAAUGUAAAACACUUACUAUCCC